GCUGCCCCUGGCGCUGGAAGCUAAGAAUCUGCGACCAGUGCGGUCUAGAGAGGAGCUGUGGUCACGGACGGUCGCUGGCUCGGGCGUCCUGGGGAUUUCAUUCACGCAGCCUCGCGGGUGUGGCUUGCAGAAGCCGGACGAUGAUCCUCGAGGAGAAGCCAGACGCUGAGGGCGAAGGCGAGGACAGCGCGCGGUUGCAGGCUGCCGGCAGCGUCCUCAAGCGCUGUGACCCCCUGGCACAGACUCAGCACAGCUGGCUCCAGAGCCAAAGGACCCGGAUCUACCAGCAGAUUGCCAAGGAGUUGCGGAUGCGGACAGGUGCUGAGAACCUCUAUAGAGCAACCAGCAACAACCAGGUCCGAGAGACGGUCGCCCUGGAGCUGAGCUAUGUCAACUCCAACCUACAGCUGCUGAAGGAGGAGCUGGAGGGGCUCAGCAGCAUGGCCGACCCAGAGCAGCCCAAGGGUGAAGGUGUCACUGUCCCCAUGAUCCCCCUGGGCCUGAAGGAGACCAAGGAGCUGGACUGGGCCACAUCCUUGAAGGAGCUGAUCUCAGGGCACUUUGGAGAGGAUGAUGCUACCUAUGAGACAGAGAUCAUGGAGCUGGAGAGCCUGCGGCAGGCCAUGCGGACCCCCAGCCGGGAUGAAGCGGGCCUGCAGCUGCUCGAGGCCUACUACAGCCAGCUCUGCUUCCUGGACAUGCGCUUCUUCAGCUCUGCUCGGAGCCCUGGGCUGCUCUUCCAGUGGUACGACUCACUCACGGGAGUCCCAGCACAGCAGCGGGCCCUGGCCUUUGAGAAGGGCAGUGUGCUGUUCAACAUCGGCGCUCUCCACACACAGAUUGGGGCGUGUCAGGACCGCUCCUGCCCAGAGGGUGCCCACCGUGCCGCCCAGGCCUUCCAGAGGGCUGCUGGAGCCUUCAGCCUCUUGAGGGAGAACUUCUCCCAUGCCCCAAGCCCAGACAUGAGUACCGCCUGUCUCUCCACACUAGAGCAGCUCAUGGCUGCCCAGGCCCAGGAGUGCAUCUUCGAGGGCCUCUCACUGCCAGCCCCUGCCACCCCCCACAACUGCCUGGCCCAGGAAGCUGCCCAGGUGGCAGCUGAGUACAGGCUUGUACACCGGGCCAUGGCCCAGCCACCUGUCCAAGACUAUGUGCCCCCAUCCUGGACCACCCUGGUGCAUGUCAAGACGGAACACUUCCACGCGCUGGCCCACUACCACGCUGCAAUGGCCCUCUGUGACAGCUCCUCUGAAGACAAGCUUCCCACGCAUGAGCAGGCCUUCCAGUCCCCGCAGUCCCCUGAGUCCCACGGUCCUCCACUGCCACAGCAGCCAGAGGAGCGCAGGAAGCUUGCCAAGGCCCACCUGAAACGCGCCAUACUGGGCCAGGAAGAGGCCCUGCGGCUACAUGCUUUGUGCCGUGUCCUGCGCACAGUGGACCUGCUACAGGCUGUAGUGGCCCAGGCCCUGCAACACUCACUGGCCAAGUACUCGGAGCUUGAGCGUGAGGAUGACUUCUUUGAGGCUGCGGAAGCCCCGGACAUCCAGCCUAAGACCCACCAGAAGCUAGCAGUCAGGCCAUCUAGCCUGUCACAGAUGAAAGUGGCUGACAUCUUCCACCGGCUGGGGCCCCUGUCUGUAUUCUCAACCAAGAACCGGUGGCAGCUGGUGGGACCCGUCCACAUGGCCCGAGGAGAGGGUGGCUUCGGCUUCACGCUCCGGGGAGACUCACCUGUCCUCAUCGCUGCUGUGGUUCCUGGGGGUCCGGCUGCAGCAGCUGGCCUGAAGGAGGGGGACUACAUCGUGUCAGUGAACGCGCAGCCUUGCAAGUGGUGGAAGCAUGCAGAGGUUGUGGCGCAGCUGAGGGCUGCGGGCGAGGGGGGCGUGAGCCUGCAGGUGGUGUCCCUGCUGCCCAGUCCUGAGCCACGUGGCACGGGGGACCAUCGGCCGGGCCUGCUGGGUCCAGGGGGGCUUCUGAAGAGCCAGAGAGAAUGUGGCUUUGAGACACCAGCCCCCAUGCAUGCCAGCACCUUGCACCUCCUUGGCUGGAGCCGCAAGGCCAAGUGGUGCAAGACCGGGGGCCGUCUCCAGCCCAGCGCUGGUGGAGACUCUGGUACCUGCCCCUGAGCCAGGUGUGCCCUGUGCUCUCCAAGCCCCAGGGGGUCCCCAGGGCCAGUGCCUCCCUGGUUCCGGCAAUCAGGAGUAGCCUAUGCAUUCUGUCCCUCACAUUGGAUGACCUUCAGGCUGUGCCUGCUCUGCUCAAGGCUGAGAUAUCCAUUAAAGAUUAUGGUCAGGCAA